AUUUACAUAUUAUUUCUAUUUUUUCUCCGGGAACAAAAUGUCUGUCAAAUAUUUUGUACUUUUAAGUCUUUUAUUUUUGAGUGCGUCUUUAGCUUCAGACGGUGAUACACAAAACGAAUAUCGUCAUUGUCUAGACGAGUGCGUUCAAGUCACUUGCCCCACUCCGUUAGAUGCCUCACUACGUUUACUCCAUUGGAACUGUCCAGAAAAUUGUAGAUAUACUUGCAUGCAGUCAAUAACAGAUGAAGCUCAAGAAAGAGGUCUACCGAUAUAUCAAUAUUAUGGAAAAUGGCCUUUCUAUCGGGUGCUUGGCAUACAAGAGCCUGCUUCUGUGAUUUUUUCGAUAGGAAACGGACUCGUGCAUCUCUACUAUUUUUUUUUACUAAGAAAGAAAAUACCCACGAACUAUCACCUCAAAACUAGUUUACUGCUAUAUCCUUGUGGUACUAUUUUCCACGGUAGAGAUGUACAUUGGACUGAAUUAAUGGAUUAUUUUAGCGCCUUUUCACUAGUAUUAUAUUCAUUAUUUUUUGCUUUAAUUCGAGUAUUUCAAGUCCAAAAACAUAGUACUCGUUUAUUGGGUUUAUUGUUUCUUUGUGGAUAUUUAUCGCAUAUCAUUUAUCUUUCAGCCAUUUCCUUUGAUUAUGUUUACAAUAUGUAUGUUAAUGUAACUGUCGGUGUUCUACAGGUGGUGGUCUGGGUGUACUGGUAUAUUACACAAACUAGACGAUCUUAUGCUUAUCUUGCUGUCAUUUCUGGUGUCGGUGUUUCAGUCGCCAUGUGCCUCGAGCUAUUUGAUUUUCCGCCCUUGUGGCGAGUAUUUGAUGCUCAUAGUCUAUGGCAUUUUGCAACUAUACCACUCACAAUUAUUUGGUAUAAGUUUCUUUUGGCAGACAUGUGGUUUGAAAAUCAAAACGAGAAGGUGGCUCUUUUACCCGCGUAAUAUUAACAAAUAAAAAAAUAAUUUUUUU